AUGCCCCUGCCACCGAGACACAUGCCUCCAGGGCCACCACCAAGGAGUGGUGCCCCUGGACCGCCGACCAGUCCUACCUCAGGACCGCCGGCUGGCUACGUUCCGCAACCUCCAGUUGGUCCCGCCCCUGCCCCGGUAAAGUCGCGCGCGCAGCAAGCCUAUGAGCACCUUGACAACGAUGAGUCAGAGUCGGAGCCGUCCACAACAGAUGGCGACAAUGAGCCCGAUGACGCCGAGGUCCAGCGGCUCAACAGGCAGCACCAGAGGAACCACGGCCCGAUGAACUUGCCCAGGCAAGGAGCAUCGAGGAGCGACGACAAGGGGAACACAGUGCCGCGGCCAUCAGACACCGAUAACGAUGUCUCGCUGGCCCCGCACAACUGGCCUGACACGUUCCCCCUCCCGGUCAACACGCAGCCAUGGAAGGUGACCGAGUGGUACAACUUUGUACCCUGGUACGUCCGUGACUCGCAGCGCAUCAUUGAUGUGGCCCACGGUGGUGACGAUGGCGCGCACACCUGGGUGACCGACCUCAUCCGGCAGAUGCAGCAAGAUGGAUGCCUGACUGUGUCCCAUGGCAUGAUGAACCUGCUCAUGUCAUGGCGACGUCAUGGCAGCUCCGGAGUGAUAUACCCGCCGAUGGUUCCGCCUCCCUGCCGGAUGACCAACCUUACCAGCUCGUCGACAUUCGACGAGUGGGUGGCGUGGUACGUGCAGAACCCGAGCCAGGUUUACUGGGCCAUCAGGCACUUGAACAAUAACCACUCGGAGGCCCCGCUACACCAGGACCUGGAGGUGAUGUGGCUUGCACGCUGCAUGGCCCCCAUCAUCCCACUCGGUGUACCCGCGAUGGCCCGCAAUGUGUUCAUUGAGCACACUGCGGAGCUGUUCUCCAUCCUCGGACUGUAUGCAUGGAUCGUACAGGUCGGGCGCUACCCCAUGGCAAACAACAACGAGCCGGCCCCAUUUCCUCGCUCAUCUGCCCAAAACUCGUCCAUAUACGAUGUCGCGCGAUGGUAUGCUGCCCGCGGAUUCCAUCCCAUGCGGAUUGGAUUCCUCGAGGAGUUCCACCAUUGA